AUGGCAUCUAUCGGCGACUCCAUUUACAUGAUCGGAGGCAGAAUUUGUCGCAAGGACAACGAACAUUCCGAUGUAGAAGUUGAAGUCCGGCCGACGGUGAUGCGCUACAAUGUUGGCACGGACCAAUGGUCCGUUUGUGCACCCCUAUCUCGACCGAGGUACAAUUUCGCAUGCACGGUAUGCAACGACAAGAUAUACGUUGCCGGGGGGCAGUAUGAGCUGGCAAGUGCUAGGAGCACCUCAUCCGUCGAGGUGUACGAUCCAAUGGAUGACAAAUGGACACAAUUGCCUAACAUGAGGAGAUUAAGGUACAAAUGUGUCGGGGUGACGUGGAAAGGGAAAGUUCACGUAGUCGGUGGGUUCGUCCAAGGGUGUGAAGUUGAGUGCCAGCUAGGUUAUGUGGACCGAUGUUCUGCUGAGGUGUAUGACGGAGAAGGCCAGUGGGACCUUGUGCCUGGGAUGUGGCAGUUGGACGUGCCACCUAAUCAAAUUGUAGACGUUGAGGGCAAAUUGUUUAGCUCGGGGGAUUGUUUGAGUGUGUGGAAAGGACACAUUGAAAUAUACGAUGGAAACUCAAAUUUUUGGAAUGUUUUCGAAGCUUUGUUUGUUAUUGAAAGUGUGGGAUUGCUGGAGGAGUUGAAUUUCAGGUGGGAUCUCAUCAUCAGAGUUAUUGAUACGGAAAUCUGGUCGAAGAAAGAGAGCGCUUCAAUGAUCGAAAUUUAG